ACAAACAUGUAUCUCUAUGGCCAAUAACUUUUAUGAUAAACGAAAUUCCUUUCCCAAAUCGACGAUAUUCGGAAUCUAUAAUUCUUGGUGGUGUUUUACCAACAUCAAAUCAUCCAACUAAUAAAUUAUUUCGAACUAUACUGGGCAUGAUAUAUCAAGAAUGUGCAUAA